CUGUUUCAGAAUGGAUCGUUUUAUAACGCGAUUAAAGAAACUUCGUGAGCAUCACAAGAAGCAGGAGGAGAAGUAUCAGCACAUCCUCAACCAGCAGGAAAAGGAGCAGCAGAAGACUUUAGAGCUGCUGAACAAGAGCAUGGAGAACACAAAGCCUGUUGGCAGAGUGAGGCCAAACAAGAAGGCUGAGCAGGAAGAGAGUGACGAGUCCAUUAAUUUGUCUGAAGAGGAUCUGGUGUCAUCACAUUCGGAAUAUGAACCUGAUGGCAGCGAGUCUGACUCUGAAAGUUGUCUCUCCCUUUCAACCCAGCUGUCUUCCAGCUCGGUCCUGUCCAAGGAAGUUGAAAACGGAACCAGCCAUAUGAGAGGGUCAGACUGCCUCCGCCAAUUUUCAUUGGAAUGCCAGGCCAAACAUCCAGAGUGUUUAAGAUCCACCAGAUUAAGGAAGCACAUAGCCACUCUUUGCCAAAUGAUGAACUUGAAAAAUUCAGAAAUGGAUCAGGUGGCAAAGUUCAUGGGUCACGAUAUACGUGUCCACCGUGAAUAUUACAGACUCUCUGAAAACACCAUUCAGCUUGCUAAAAUUAGCAAACUGUUGAUUGCCAUAGAGAAAGGAAAUCACACUUAUCUGGGACGGUCUCUAGAGGAGCUGGAGCUGGAUGGAGACACUCUGGAUGGUGAAAAAUCAGAUGGUGAAUGUCCGCCAGGCGAAAAGAAGCAAAAGACAUCCUCGAGAGCUCCAUCCCCUCAGGAUCAUUUGGAGACGGGUGUCGAGGGUUCUUGUGGAGAACAACAAUCAGAUGGUGAAUGUCUGCCAGGCAAAAAGAAGGAAAAGAGGUCCUCAAAGGCUUCAUCCCCGAAAGAUAAGUUAGCAACAUGUGAAGAGGAUUCUUGUGGAGAAGAAAAAUCAAACCGUGAAUGUUCGCCAGUCAAAAAGAAGCAAAAGAUGUCCUCUGGAGCGUCAUCCCAAGAAGAUCAUUUGGAGACAAGUGACAAGGAUACUUCUGCAGAACAACAAUCAGAGAACGUUCGUUCCCCUGUCCAAAAGAAGAGGCCUUCCUCCAGGACUCAAAAUGCAGACCUUGUUGAAGAUGUAGAGACAAGAAAAUCAGAUCGUAAACACACAGUCCAGCCCAGGCGACCAUGGACCGACAGAGAGAAGGAGGCAGUGUGGCGUCACCUGACAAAGUAUCGUGCCCUAAAGAAUGUUCCAGGAAAAGCGGACUGCCUUCGGUGCAUCCAAGCAGAGCUUGCUUUGAAGACAAGAACAUGGAAAGACAUCAAAAAUUUUGUUUACAAUAGUAUUACAACAGAAAAGCGAAAGGCUGCUUCUCUCAUUACAAAAACCUAGACAGUAGAUCUGUUUAAGGUACUUUGCACUUUACAGUACAGUUACAGUUCAGAUCAGUGCAGCUGCACACCACUGUUCCAGUUAACCCUGCAGCUCCACACUACAGUUCAGGUGACUGUACACUACUGUUAAUAUAAAACUACCUCUACACAACUGUUCAGGUGACUGUACACUACUGUUAAUGU